CUGGGCAACAAAUUCCCACACACCGGGAUGUGCCCAGUGCAUUCUGGGAUAAAGAAGGUUUUUUGACGAGAGGUUUGACAUGAAAUGAGUGUUUUUGAUCAUAAGCAACUGUAUAGUGUUUUGAGGAGAUCUUUAUCUUAGCACCGAACUUGUGUGUGUGUGUGCUGAAGCUGUUGAAAGAAAUGGGAGCUGAUAAACGGAUUAGUCGCACUGAACGUAGUGGCAGGUAUGGCUCGGACCAGCCCCGUGAUGAAUCAGAGUGGCGAGAGCGACGAGAGAGGAACCAAGAGCGUGAUCAGAAUCGGCGCUGGAGUGACGAGAGACGCUCUGACCGUCAUGAAGGAGAUCGCAGAGGAUCUCGAGACAGUCCAGAGCAAAGGUCACGGAAACGACGUAACAGUGACAGAUCUGAAGAUGGUUAUCACUCAGAUGGCGAUUGCCCAGAGCAGGAUUAUAGAAGGGAGUCUGGGGAGGAGAAAAAGAGCAAGACCAUAAUGCUCUGGGGUCUGUCUCCUCAUGUCACUGAGGAUGAUGUCCGUGCUGCCAUUGACCAACUAGAGGGUCCACAGCCAGUGGAUGUGAGGCUGAUGAAAAAGAAAACAGGUAUAAGCCGUGGUUUCGCCUUCGUGGACUUUUAUCACUUGCAAGAUGCUACCCGAUGGAUGGAGACCAAUCAGAAAUGUUUGACCAUCCAAGGGAGAAGUGUGGAUAUGCAAUACAGUCACCCCAGAAACAAGUAUGAGGACUGGCUCUGCAACACUUGUGGCCUGUACAAUUUCCGGAGGAGGCUGAAGUGCUUCAGGUGUGGAGCAGCCAAAUCUGAAAGUGAGAUCAACAAUAGUGGAGCUACAGAAGCCCAUCCCAAUAACGAUUUCUAUGGAGACACAAUUAUCCUGCGGAAUAUUGCUCCCCUGACAACCAUUGAUGCCAUUAUGGUAGCCCUUGCACCAUAUGCUAAUCUUUCAUCCAACAACAUUCGCCUUAUCAAGGACAAGCAGACGGGCCAGAACAGAGGCUUUGCCUUUGUCCAGUUGUCCUCUCCUCUGGAGGCCUCUCAGCUGCUAACAAUCUUACAGGGGCUCCAGCCUCCUCUAAAGCUUGAUGGCAAAACAAUUGGGGUGGAUUACGCAAAGAGUGCUAGAAAGGACCUUUUGCUACCAGAUGGGAAUCGUGUCAGUGCCUUUUCUGUAGCCAGCACGGCUAUUGCUGCAGCACAGUGGUCCUCCAGUCAGGCGCAGCAUAAUUCUGAUGGCAUAUCAGAGUACAGCUACCUGCAAGAAGGCUAUGUUCCAUUGUCACAGGAAUACCAGACACAGUAUCAGCAUGGAGUAGGACCCAGCACCUCUCAGGGCAAUGGGCUACUAGGAGCUGCCCCUGGUGUAAAGAUUAUUCCCACUGCAGCUGGAGUAGUAAUUUCACAGGGUCCACAAGUUUACCAACCCCAUGUAAUUGCUCAGCCUGCUGUCCAGCUAUUGCCACUAUCCCAGCAAUUGGAGACAAAGGCCCAAACAGGAUUUCUUCCAUGUGCUGAGACUGUGUCUGUUUCAGUACCUGUGGUCCCCGUUCCCAUUGCUGCUCCCACCGCCAGCAUGGCGACAGCAACUGGCCAGGCGGCAAACACCAGCACUGCUCCUGAUGUAUCCACCUAUCAGUAUGAUGAGUCUUCUGGCUACUAUUAUGACCCUCAAACUGGCCUCUACUACGAUCCAAACACACAUUAUUACUUCAACUCUCAGACUCAGCAGUAUCUGUACUGGGACAGUGAGAAACAGACAUAUGUGCCUGCCCCUACUGACAAAAACGCUGGACAGAAUGCUAACCCAACAGGUGGCUCUGCAGCUGCAGGCAACAAGGAACCCAAAGAAGGCAAAGAGAAAAAGGAGAAGCCCAAGAGCAAGACGGCUCAGCAGAUAGCUAAAGAUAUGGAACGAUGGGCUAAAAGUCUCAAUAAGCAAAAGGAGAACUUUAAGAGUAGCUUUCAGCCUAUUAGCCAAGAGGAGAGGAAGGAGGCAGCAGCGGCCGAUGCGGGCUACACUCUCUUUGAGAAGAAGCAGAUAGCAGGUCUCGAGAGACUCAUUCCAGAGGCCCCAGAAGAGGAAGUACCCACCAGCUCAUUAACCACUGCUAAGUGUGGCCUUGUGGCGGCCUACAGCGGAGACAGUGACCCUGAAGAAGGGGGAGUAGAGUCUGAGAGCAGUGAGGGAGGUGCGGACAAGCUGACAGACUGGAAGAUGUUGGCUUGCUUGCUGUGUAGGAGACAGUUCCCCAACAAGGAGACGCUAAUAAGACACCAGCAACUCUCUGACCUCCACAAGAAAAACCUGGAGGUUCUUCGCAGAUCCAGAUUAACUGAAGCUGAGCUGGAAGAGUUGGAGAGAAAAGAAUCUGAGAUGAAGUAUAGAGACAGAGCAGCAGAGAGGAGAGAAAAAUACGGCAUCCCUGAACCACCAGCACCAAAGAAGAAGAAAUUUAACAAACCAACGCCUGUUGUGAACUAUGAGCAGCCCACUAAAGACGGCCUCACCAGUGACAAUAUUGGGAACAAAAUGAUGCAGGCCAUGGGCUGGAAGGAGGGUAAAGGUCUUGGUCGUAACCAGCAGGGCAUCACAACACCAAUUGAGGCACAGUUGAGAACAAAGGGAGCUGGUCUUGGCACCAAAGGCACCAAUUAUACACUUUCUGCAUCAGAUACAUAUAAAGACGCAGUCCGGAAAGCGAUGUUCGCUCGCUUCACUGAACUGGAGUGAGCGACGAGCUGAUGGGCUGCAGGUGAAAACAUCUGCACCAGGAGUGAAAUAAUCAUCUCACUCCAUUUAGGAUCUGUGAAGAUUGUUUUUGCCGUAAUGGCUGAAACAUUAAAGAUGGUGAAUAAUAUAAUUUAUGAAGUAAGAGAGUGUGUGUAUGUAUAUAAUAGAUAUAUAUACACAUUUGAAAAAUUACAUUGUUUAUGUAUUUCUGUGGUUAUAUUUUGGACUUUUUCCUUAUGUUUGUACAGUUUAUACAAAAUUCUUGUAUGUAAAAUAAAUGAUGCAAUUCAUGA